GCCUGCCCUGCCGCCAGAGCAUCCCCGCUGCAGGCGCGGAUUCCUCAGCCGCUCCCGGGAUCCUGCCGGCAAGGAUGCGCCGCUGCCGCAUCUGACGCGCCUCUCCCUGGAGAGCUCCUGGUAGUUGGAAGGCAGUAAAACAAGCGAGGAGCCCGUGAGAGCAUCACACGAGGAGCUGGCCGUGUGAAAGGACUUUGGGGAGGAAUCUGGUAUGGACAAAGAGCUUUGACUGUUAUUUUUGCUUCUCGGGUGCGGAAAUAAAGGGUGCCAGCGAGGAGUGUUGUAUCCCGAAGGAUUCUUCUGUGGCCUUUUUGGUAUUGUUCUUCUCUUUCCCCUUGCACACUGCACAGUGCUGAGCUUCUGCUGUGGAAUUAGAGUCUCUGCCACUCAGCCUCCUGUUCCAGCUGGGAGGAAGAGGUCUUUCUCCCGUCCAUCUGUGCAGGCAUUUCUGUUUGAAUGGAAGAUACAUCUUUUUGCUGAAACUCUUUUGUUGUGACAUUGCAUAAUAGGCAGUUGUCUCACUGCAGGAAAUAAAAGAAACUAAAGGAAAUAGAUGGAAAGAAAUUGUUCCCCAAAGCAAAACUGAAGCAGGGAAGAGAACAUCAAGAUCGUUUCAAGCCCUACCCAAGAUCUAGAAGACCACAAAUCUCCUAGCUCCAGAGGAAAAUACACUAUUACAAAAACUCCUCAGCAGUCAGUAGCGAUGAUUAAUCGUGGUGUUUUGUCUGGAUGCUGCUGCUGAAGGAGAGCUUUGGAGGGACGUGGGGGCUCUGGCCUCUAUGAUGCCUGAAGACAGGAAUGCUGGAGUCCGCAGCCCAGGUGCCUUAGCAGCAGCUCCCUUCAUUCCCAAAACUACUUACAGGAGAAUUAAGCGCUGCUUUAGUUUCCGCAAAGGCAUUUUCGGGCAGAAGCUGGAAGACACGGUGCGGUACGAGAAGCGCUAUGGGAACCGCCUGGCUCCCAUGCUGGUGGAGCAGUGCGUGGACUUCAUCCGCCAGCGGGGGCUGAGGGAGGAGGGCCUCUUCCGACUGCCUGGGCAGGCCAAUCUCGUCAAGGAGCUGCAGGAUGCCUUUGACUGUGGAGAAAAGCCUUCUUUUGACAGCAACACAGAUGUGCACACCGUGGCUUCACUGCUCAAGCUGUACCUAAGGGAGCUCCCAGAACCAGUUGUACCAUAUGCAAAGUAUGAAGAUUUUCUUUCCUGUGCCAAAAUGCUCAGCAAGGAGGAAGAAACGGGCCUGAAGGAACUGGUGAAGCAAGUGAAGAGCCUGCCAGCUGUCAAUUACAAUCUGCUGAAAUACAUCUGUAGAUUCCUUGAUGAAGUGCAGUCAUAUUCAGGUGUGAACAAAAUGAGUGUGCAAAACCUGGCUACGGUUUUUGGCCCCAACAUCCUGCGCCCCAAAGUGGAAGAUCCUCUGACAAUCAUGGAGGGUACAGUAGUAGUCCAGCAGCUCAUGUCAGUGAUGAUUAGCAAACAUGAAGAGCUGUUUCCCAAGGAUGUAGACCCUCAGAUGGGACCUGAGGUGUGCAACAACAACAACGAAAUUCCAAAGAAAACCACUGCAGGGCAGCUACAGAACAAAGAGAACAACAAUACCAAGGAGACGGCAGUGAGGCGCUGCUCGUGGGACACACCCGAGUCUCCCCAAAGGGGAAGCAUGGACUGUGAGUCUCCGACUGCUCUGCCAGGCAGCAAGACAAACAGCCCCAGGAACAGCAUCCAGAAACCAGAUGUCACCAGGAGCCCGCCACUCAUGGUGAAAAAGAAUCCUGCUUUUAAUAAAGGUAGCGGCAUAGUCACCAACGGGUCCUUCAGCAGCUCCGUGGAGGGCUCGGAGAAGAGCCAGGCCGUGCCAAACUGCUCCCUGCAAGCCAGGAGAACGUCGUCCCUGAAGGGGCCGGUGACCAAGAUGGGCACCCACAGCGUGCAGAACGGCGGGGUGCGCAUGGGCGUCUCCAGCACGGACGGGCACAGCACCAGCCUGGGCAGCCGGAGCCCGGGCUGGGCGCCCAAUGGCUUCGUCACCCUCAGGGACAACAAGCAGAGGGAGCCCUCGGUGGCUGAGUCUGGCCAGCACAACAGGCUUUCCACCUACGACAAUGUCCACCAGCAGUUCUCCAUGGUGAACUCUGAUGACAAACAGAGUGUGGACAGUGCUACCUGGUCCACGUCCUCAUGUGAGAUAUCUCUCCCAGAGCACUCCAACUCCUGUCGCUCAUCCACCACCACCUGCCCUGAGCAGGACUUUUAUGCGGGUAACUUCGAAGACUCUGUGCUGGAUGGGCCACCCCACGAAGAGCUCUCUAACCCCGGUGACUAUGAGAACAAAAGUGACAGGAGGAGUGUGGGGGGCCACAGCAGCCGAGCCACCAGCAGCAGCGAUAACAGUGAAACGUUUGUGCCCAGCAGUACCAACAACCACAGUGCUUUGCACAGCCUGGUGUCCAGCUUGAAGCAAGAAAUGGCCAAGCAAAAACUUGAAUAUGAGACAAGGAUAAAAAGCCUGGAGCAGAGAAACCUCACCCUGGAGACUGAAAUGAUGGCCCUGCAUGAAGAGCUGGAUCAAGAGAGGAAGAAGUUCACAAUGGUAGAAAUCAAAAUGCGUAACGCGGAGCGGGCGAAGGAGGAUGCAGAGAAGAGGAAUGAUAUGCUGCAGAAGGAAAUGGAGCAGUUUUUCUCUACUUUUGGGGAAUUGACAGUGGAGUCUCGCAGACCAGAAAGAGGCAACACCAUCUGGAUCCAGUGAGCUGUGGAAGCAUAAGCUGUGGGACUUGAGGAAGGGCUUGGGGGUAUUAUACUGUAUCAGGUGGCUGGUCACCUGUCUGAGGCUAGUACUCAGCAAAUGUUACAAACCCUUGAAGGAGGAAAUCAUACAUACAUUAAGCAGUCAUAUCUACAGUGUGUACUUACCAAGUUAUACUCUUUGAAUGCUUCAUGAGACUACUGUCAAGUGUUACAACUGGAUAUGUGUAUAUAAAUUUAAAAACCACCUUAGAGCAAGAGAUGUAUCUGAAGAAAUAUUUUAAUGCAAGUCUUGUAUUUAAACUGGUAAAUUGAGAUGUUGUUGCAAUCAAGCUUUAUAUAAAGGCUUUUCUCCCUUGCACUUAACAUAAUAAGCUAUUUUUGGCAUUGUGUUACCAUCAGCUUAUUUUGUAUAUCAAAUGGGUUUUUUUUGUUUUUGUUACCCCUUUUGCUGGGGAGUGAAGAUAAACAGAUAUGUUAAGGUAAA